UCGGAUUUACUUUUUCCGCAAUACUUGUUAUAUUUCAUUUAUGCAAUAUGGACCUCUGUUAAUAUGGGGCAUAACACAUUAUUUUAAAAUAAAAUACAGUGCAUGGUGGGAUACUAUCGUAUUCAUUUCCACGGUUCGUUGCGCUGCUGGGAAUUGUAACUCAACUAUUCUAAGGUUGUGUGGACGCACUAAGCCUGAGUAAACAUGAAACGGUACUUCAGUGUGGACGCUUUGAGCCGGAUUAAGUAGAGCGGUUUCGAGCACGGUUCUGCAGAUCGGUGGUGCAGUGUGCACGGGGCCUUAGGCUAGCCCUUCACGCCGCGUGGGAAAUGGCACGAGCCGGAUCUCUCGGACAAAAAAAAAAGGUUGUCGUUGGUUUCCGUGGCAACGGGCGAGGAGCGAGAGAAAGAUGCCGGUUAUUUAUCAAUAUUACAGUAUCUAUCGAAGUGGUUUGUUAUUUAAUAGCCUGUGUUAAUUAUUUUUACACGAACUAUAUACACAAUAAAUACAAUUAGGAAAAGGAAGUAAUAAAAAUACAACAGCAACGGUGUUAGGCUAGGACAAAACGUGGAGGGACCUACAAUCUGGACUGGAGCAGCUGUAAAACCAGGGCAGAGUGAACAUGGAUCAGUUCUCAUUUGAGCAAAUCUUAUCCAGUUCCCAAACUCCAUUGAAACAACCGGACCCAUCUGCAAAACAGGUAACUGUCAGUGAUGAAGGAGCAAACCAAAGGACAGAAGAGAUUAUUGCCUCUCAGAAUACGGACGAGGUACAGAUAAGCAAUUUGCCUGGCAUUGAGCUCCCCAGCCACGGUUCAGACAGGGUCCUUAAUUAUGAGCACUCACGUUAUUUCUCUGCUGUCAAUGCGAGGAUCGAAGGGAUAGAGAGAAAAGCACAGGGCCUGAUUGAUAAGGUCAAUGUGAGUCGGAAAAGGGACCUUGAGCUGAUGACAAACUUCAGAGAGAAACUCCUGAUGAAGGUUUCUGAGCUGUGUCACAAACUGGAGGACCAGUUGUAUGAUAUUUACGAACAGGACAACAAAGUCAUCCAAGACAAAAUGCAGGAGUUGAGCACGAUCAUGCGGAGGAACGUCCACGUGAGCACGGAGCUGCAGGAAGCCUGCCACAACGUGGUGAGCCUCUACAAGGGCUUGUGCAUGCAGCCUGAACUAUGACACUGCAGCCCGCACUAAUCCAGGUGGGCCCCAGUGCUGUAUCUUGCAAUAGGAGCUACACGGUUGCGUGUGGAUAGAACAGUGGUCCCAAGUUCAAGGGCGUGAUGAUUUGACUACUUUUCAAUUAAUAAUUCCAAAAUGUAAAAUGAAAUGACAUUAAGAUGUCUUCGUUUGCACAGAACCAGAGGUUGAAAGCACAGUUUGCAAUUACUUUUUUUUUGUUCAUCCGCUACAACAGUAGAAUUGCAGUAUUCCAGAUUGUAGCUGGCAUGGCAGGCAGUUUUACCCACGUGCACUGGGCUAAAAUAUUAAACCAGGGUUUGCAGGCUUAGUUUGAGUAGCUUUUCUGUUAUCCUUAAGCUAAAGCAAACCGACAACUUGUUUAAAUGUUGUGUUAUAAUAAUAAUAAGAAAACAGAUUUGUAUGAAUAAAAUGCUGUUUGAUAUUGAUGACAUUUUUACAGCUAUUCUGUUGCCUUUUUUAAAAAAAUUUUUUUACAAAGUACAAAUGGCAGAUUAGUUUUAUUCAUCAAUACAAACUUAAAAAAAAAAAAAAACACAAGGCCGGCUGUUUCUCGGCUUGUUUAAAGAAAGCAGGGCUAGGCUUGUCUUAGAAAGCUGUGUCUCUGUAGCGUUACUGGAAACCAUUUUGCAUAAGCAUGGGCGUUACAUGCGUGGUCCUUCGUACCUUUGAAGUUGCUUAGGUGUGUAGACCCAGCUUGAGAAAUGUUAGAAAACAUUACAGCAUGAGGGUUGUAAGCACCAGGAUUGUUUAGAGGCGUUGACAUGUACAAAACAAUCGAUGUCAGUCGACGUCCUAUUUUAUUUUGCAUGCAACGUGGGUUUCAGCCAUUUAGGAGCAUAUACUCCACUCAGUUGUAUCAAAAGAAGGAACAUCUUCAGUUUGAAGUAGUGUUGCUGGUUUGGAGUUCAUUGCUAUUUAUGUGGAUAUUUAAUAUGAACCAGCAGUGAA